GCGUAUACAAACACUUUCGCCUACAGGAGAGUGCUGCGAGAGAAAAACAGCGUGUAUACAGUGUGGACAGGCUCUCGUUUGGUUUUACACUUUUUGGACACGGUGAGAGCUGAGGGACGCACUUGACGCUUGGAUCGGAAGGCUUCUGGUUUUACACUGCGGAGAAUAGCCAGCAGCAUGAUUCGCGACUGGAUGGAUAACGGUUGUGCUUGAAAGGGAGAACUCCUCAAACUAGUUGUUUUUUCUUCUUCCGGGAGAUCCACUUUUUGGGUGGUGUGAUGGUGUGCCAAAGGUGUACCACACCAACGCGUUAAUCGCCAUCUGCGAAUUCAAUAUGACGCUUUUGGAUAGAUGAUAGCCCAGAUAAUGGGCGGGAGGGAGAAUGUGUCCAAAAUAUCAAAACCAAGGAGUCCUGCGUACCACAGAUGAGAGAGAAGAGAGCAAGACGGUCUGAUUGUAAGGCGAGGAAAAGGUUUAAUUCUGGUAAAAAAGGUGGAGAACGUGGCGCCGGAAACACCGGGCUGCAACUCUCUUGAUAGAAGACUCUACCUGGAGUGCAACACGCGAUAAGACUACAUGUUUUUUUUAACAUAGUAUACACGUUGGGCGCAACAAACUAACAAAUAAUUCCGUAGUUAUUUCAUUACUUUACCCAUGGGCAGUUUUACACAGUCGCCCUGACAGCAUUUUGCAGAAAUAACUUUGGAGACCCACUCCGACAUAGAAGAGGCAUAUCAUCCACGGGGAUACCAAAGGAAACCUGAACCUCGCUAAGUGGCUCCGAAGUGGUGUUGCGGCUCCUCGCCCGCAGCGGAUCCGGAGCUGGGAGUGUCUGCAGCGGGAGGAGCUGGCGGAGGACCCCCUGCAUCACCGCAGGGACCAAAGACCGGUCAGGUGAAAAGGAUGGUUCGAUUGGCGGCAGAACUCUUGUUGCUUUUAGGACUUCUACUUCUUACCUUACAUAUCACCGUGUUACGGAGCAGCCCGUUACACCAAGGGAAUUUUACUUUGAGCCAGGAUCAGCAGGAUACGUUGCUCGCAGAGAAUAAUGUCAGAGAAGAGAGCAGUUCAUCAGCCCACCAGGGCCCAGGGGAGCGGAGAGGACCAGAGCACCGGUCAGCCCAGAGGCCUGCUGCCCUCCCUUGGGCCCAGAGUCAGGCUACCGGAGGCAGCCUGCAGAAAGACGGGCCGGGGGCCUUCCUCCUGGACCUCAGCAACUUCCCUGACCUCUCCAAGGCUGAUAUAAACAGACAGAACCCCAACAUACAGGUGACCAUAGAGGUGGUGGACGGUCUUGAGGAAGCAGAGCCUGAGAAAGGCCUGAAGAAAGAGAACAAACCAAGAUGGGCUGCUCCCAACUGGAGAAACUGGUGGAAAACCUCCUCCACCUCGUCCUCGGUCUCGACCCCCCGCAGGCCCGAGGAGCAGGCGCCCUACAGGGGAGAAGGAGAAGGACGAGGGGGAGGUAAAGGAGGAGUUGGUAACACAGAGGAUAGUAACUUCCUAAAGCCACUUGGGGACUGGGAGAGCAGAGGAGGCACAGGAGGAGGAGGAGGAGGAGGAGGAGGAGGAGGAGGCACCAGCAAGGCUCAGACUGAAUAUGACUAUAUAGACGGAGAGGGUGACUGGAGUAACUGGUCUCCAUGCAGUGUAACCUGUAAGAACGGGAACCAGAAGAGGACCAGGUCAUGUGGUUAUGCCUGCACUGCCACUGAGUCACGCACCUGUGACAUGCCAUCCUGCCCAGGUAUUGAAGAUGCGUUCAAGACAGCCGCCACUGAGGUCAGUCUGCUGGCUGGAACCGAUGAGUUCAACGCUACAGAGCUCUUUGGUGUCGACACGGACAGCUGUGAACGCUGGAUGAACUGUAAAUCUGAGUUCCUGAAGAAAUACAUGACCAAAGUCUCCAACGACCUCCCCAGCUGCCCCUGCUCCUACCCCACCGAGGUGGCCUACAGCACGGCCGACGUCCCCGACCCCGCCACAAGCCGGGACUUCCGCUGGAAAGACGCCAGCGGCCCCAAGGAGAAACUAGAGAUCUACAAACCCACGGCCCGGUACUGCAUCCGCUCCAUGUUAACUCUAGAGUCCACUACUCUGGCCGCACAGCACUGCUGCUACAAUGACAACAUGAAGCUCAUCACCCGGGGUAAAGGAGCAGGAACACCCAACCUCAUCAGCAAUGAGUUCUCUGCUGACCUCCACUACAAGGUCGACGUCCUGCCCUGGAUCAUCUGUAAGGGGGACUGGAGUCGCUAUAACCAGGUCAGGCCUCCUAACAACGGGCAGAAAUGUCCAGACAACCCGCUGGAUGAGGAUUAUCACAAACAGGUGGAGGACGCUCGAGAGUUUUAGAACUGGAGAGAUGAACAUGUGAAAGAGGAGAAAGAGAGAGAGAGAAAAAAAAAUGAAAACGAUCUGAGAAAUGUUUAUGAAUCUGGUACUUCAAUUGGUGCUUCAAACCAUCCGUGAGUGUUUUUAGACUUUGGAACCAGGACUGUCUGUUGAUCAGCCAACGUGAUGAAGAGACAACUUGAACACGAUGAACUGUUCUCGUCUUCACCAUAAUCACAGUCUAUAAGUCAUGUCAGGUCUUUAUUUCUAUGACAUAUCAAAUCAAAUUAUAUUCAAAGUAAAACUGUAUGAUGGAUUUUUGACAAAUAUUUUUUCUGAUAAUAAUUCUAUAAAUGUUUGGUUUAAAAGGGAUAGCUUGGUUUAGCUUCAUAAAAAGGGAAAAUUACUUUUCAUGUUUUAGAUUUGUUUUGUAAGUUUUUAGUUUGUUUCUGAUUGGCCAGAAGGAGAGCACAGGGAUUCUUAAUUGGCUGAAUCAUCAGAUCCAAAUCUCCAUGUUUUGAGUCACACCCUCUCAACCUAUCAGAAGAGAGAGAGAGAGAGACCCCUGACCUAUCAGAAGAGAGAGAGAGAGAGAGAGAGACAUCCCUGACCUAUCAGAAGAGAGAGAGAGACAUCCCUGACCUAUCAGAAGAGACAUAAGAGAGACAUCCCUGACCUAUCAGAAGAGACAGAGAAGAUCCCUGAUCUAUCAGAAGAGAGAGAGAUAGAGAGACAGAGAAGAUCCCUGACCUAUCAGAAGAGAGAGAGAGACAUACCUGACCUAUCAGAAGAGAGAGAGAUCCCUGACCUAUCAGAAGAGAGAGAGAGACAUACCUGACCUAUCAGAAGAGAGAGAGAUCCCUGACCUAUCAGAAGCGAGAGACAGAGAGAGAUCCCUGACCUAUCAGAAGCGAGAGACAGAGAGAGAGAGAUCCCUGACCUAUCAGAAGCGAGAGACAGAGAAAGAGAGAUCCCUGACCUAUCAAAAGCGAGAGAGAGAGAGAGAGAUCCCUGACCUAUCAGAAGCGAGAGAGAGAGAGAGAGAGAUCCCUGACCUAUCAGAAUCAGAAAGUGUCUUUGUGCUGUGGAUAUCACAGUUGUAACUGCGUGUAAAGGAGUCUUGUAACAUCCAGAAUCUACAGAGCGAUGGGUUAGCAUUCUGCUCAUUGGUAGCUGUAAUAUUCAGGUUUCCAUAUUUGUUCCCAUGUAUGCUUCUACGCUUGUUUAUUUAGCAUGCCGUUUUUCUUCUUCUUUACCCAAUCUCCCCUCUUCCGUAUCGAUUCCUCCCUCCAGAUCAUUAUCUCCGGUAUAACAAAAAAAACGCGUUAUUUUUGUAGAGUAUUUAUUAAGCUGUAGAUGUAUGUCCCAAAAUGUUGGGUGUCCAUGAUCGUUGUCGUUGAUUGGUUUCUGACUAGAUGCUAACUUGAGAUGGGACCCGCACUCAAACGAAAUCAUCACGAUUGGCUUAAAUCGUUCAUUGAUUGAUAUUGAUCAGAGAUUUUCAGCCAAAAACAUGGAUUGAGCCGCUCAUCUCCAGUUAGGAUUCGGCCCAAAAAGAAAACAAGAAUAGGAAAUGUGUGAAUACAGCUGUACGGGAAAAAAGAUUGUGAUAUGAAUGUUUAAAUAAAAAAUGUUUAAAUAAAAAACAUGAAGUAAAA